AUGGCCGCGGUGGUCCUGCUGGCUGCUGUCUCAGUCCUCUCUGCUUGGCAGCAAAGCUACUUUGCUCUGGAGGUUGGAAAGGCCAGACAGAAGUACAGAGUGACGCCCCCUGCUGUCUCCGGGUCCCCAGAGUUUGAGAGGGUCUUUCGAGCACAACAAAACUGUGUGGAGUUCUAUCCCAUAUUCCUGAUUAUGCUGUGGAUGGCUGGUUGGUACUCUAAUGAAGCGGGUGCUGCUUGUCUGGGUCUGAUGUACAUGUUUGCCCGUCACAAGUAUUUCUGGGGCUAUGCAGAAGCUGCCCAUCAAAGGCUGGCAGGUUUUAGGGUGAGUCUGAGUGCACUGGCCCUGCUGACCGUCCUGGGCACCCUGGGGGUAGCCAACUGCAUGCUGGAUGAAUUCCUGGACAUCAACUUUGUGGAGAAACUGAGGCAGCACCUCUGA